AUGUCAGGUCUACCGGCAAUUGUUGUCCCUGCGCUUAAGCGCCACACGUCGACCAUCAUCGUUGCUCACGGUCUCGGAGAUUCAGGUGCUGGAUGGAACUUCCUCGCCGACGAGUUCCGCCGCAAAAACUUGUUUCCCGAAACCAAGUUCAUUUUCCCCAAUGCGCCUCAGAUUCCCAUCACGCUCAAUAUGGGAAUGAGGAUGCCAGGCUGGUACGAUAUCGCCAGCUUGGGCGAUCUAGACAACCGCUCCGAAGACGAGGCAGGGAUUCUUCGCUCGCAGAAAGUCUUCCAUUCUCUCAUUGAAGAUGAGAUCAAAGCUGGAAUCCCCAGCGAGAGGAUCGUAUUGGGAGGUUUCUCGCAGGGAGGUGCCAUGAGCUUGAUGGCGGGAAUCACUAACCCUUCGAAAUUGGGAGGCAUCUUUGGACUUUCUUGCUACCUCCUGUUGCAAAGCAAGUUGCGGGAUCUCGUUCCUGCGGAUUCUCCCAACAAAGAGACACCUAUCUUCAUGGGCYACGGAGACGCCGACCCAGUCGUCCAAUACAAAUGGGGCCAAGCAACGGCCUCCACACUCAAGCAAUGGGGAUGGGAGGUCGACUUCAAGACUUACAAGGGUCUACCACACAGUGCCGCGCCAGAGGAACUCGAGGAUCUGAAGAAUUACUUGCAGAAGCGCAUUCCAGACCUUGGCGACAAGAAGCUUUGA